UGUCGAUAGGUGUGAAAGUAUAAUAUACAUUCAAUUUUGAAUAACGCUGAAUAAUAUUGAAAUUUUAUUGCGUCGCCGUCGUUGACGGUGUCGGAAGCACCGGCUCUCGCCGGAUACAUUUCUCGCGCGUCGCAAGACCCUUGCACGACAGGCGCAUCGUUUACCCCCCUGUAAUUGAAUGCGGAACACGACGUGAAUCUUCCGGGGGCACGACAGGAGCGCGAAAUCUCAAGAUUUAUGCAAAUUGUGCGCGUGUGCGCGCGCGUGACUCUAUUUUGCACAUGUAUACAUGUGUGUGUACGGGAACAAGCGAGACAAUCGGAGAAGCGUCGAGGGUGCUUGGCAUUUUUUCCCGAAAUUUCUAUCCCUGGUCGUUAAACGAAACCUCUAAAUUAAGCCGGGACAAUCUGGCUGGAGCAAUUAAAAGCAAACAGUUUUAUGGCUCGCUCUUUUCGACCUUAAUUCGGCGUGCUUAAGCGCCACGCGCGCGUUUGUUAACGACGUUUCGUUGUCGCAUAGCUGGUUCGUCGCCAGCAAGUCCACCGAUUACAUCAUGAGUGUAGCAUAUCCGUCGUGUACAAGGCGGAUCGAGCCAACAGUUAGGAGAGGAAACCUGAACUUUUGAUAAAACUUUUAAAACUAAUACACAUUUCAUGCAAUGCUACAUUAUGUAUUUGAUGCAAUGAGAUAUCAUGAUAUUCACCAAUCUGAAUCUCUAAUAGUAUUUGGAAUUUUCCCACAUCUUAUCAAAAUUCUCGUUAAUUAUCAUCAUUAGUUGGGAAUCAAUAGGCAAUAGCAUAAAUAGGAGAGACAAAAAUAACAUUCACCACAGUUCAUUAUGAGACUAAAAAGUGCGGAAGUGUUACUGUGCAGUGUAAUUGUCUUGACACUAUGUCAGUACUAUAGUUUUGCUGAAACUUACUGUUUCAGCACCAAUGCAAACGGUAAUUUUCUCACGUAUUAUGGUGAAUAUGUGAUAACUACUUUAUGUGACACUUAAACUGCUCAACUAAUUUCGAGCAUAAAUAAUAAAUAAUUAAUUUUGUAUCUUAUAGUAAUAUAUCUAUAUUACAUAAAAUAUUUUCAUUCAAUAUCUUUAUAAAGUUGAUAAAACCAUUCCCAUUUAAGUUAUUGAUACUAUCAUCCAUAUGUUGGUGACAUGUUAAAUAAAUUGUAGUUAAUUUUACAAGCGCGCGUAUAUGCAAUAUAAUUAAUUUUCCAAUUAUUUUACUUUUGAGUCGAAUCGUAUGUAUCAAAUCAAUUUCUCUUUAACAUAAUCCGCAUUCAGUUAAUGUCGUCAAUUUUUCCAAUCUAAUGAUUAUGACACAACAAGUUAAAGGAACAUCAAUAAUCAAUAAUAGAUGUCGACAUAAUCAGUAUAAUCUCUAAUUCAAAUAAUAUAAUCUUCAAGAUAUAUAUAACACUUUCGAAUCCCCGUUUCUUUUCUUACGGAUGUGAUUGAUCAGUUUGAAAUAUUUGAUAACACAUCGACAUUUCUCUUGAACGACAGGUAAUACAAGGAUAGCAGGCGGACAAUAUGCACUACCCGCACAAUUCCCAUACAUGGCGGUAGUGCAUCGACUCACUAGUCGUGACAGAAUCGGGCAGUGCGGUGGCACAAUCGUAUCCUCGCGAUGGGUACUCACAGCUGGCCAUUGCGCAGCGGACUUUCCGCGAAAAUUCUUGGUGGUAUUUGGCAUCAAUGACAAAUCUGGCAUAAAAUACGAUUUCGUCGUGGGACCUGGAGUAUCGAUGAUUACGACCAAUGUGGUCAUACAUCCAGAGUACUCGGCGAGCAUCAACGAUAUCGCGCUGCUCUAUAUGCCGCGCGACAUUCCCUUCUCCAGCAGCAUUCAGCCCAUAAAGCUUGCCGGUUAUGCAUAUGAAAGUUUUGCGGAUAAAACGGCUUUCGUGAUCGGUUGGGGAAAGGAUAAAAUGUUCAACAGUGAUACGAGAAGGCUCAAAUAUGCUACAUUACCGAUUAUAAGUAAUAGUCAGUGCAAACAAUACUGGCAGAUCAGCAAUGCUCACAUCUGCACAGCACCAGGAUUAGGAAAGGACGCUUGCCAGGGCGACAGCGGUGGCCCUCUCGUCGUAGUGGAAAAUGGUCAAGAUAUUCAAGUCGGUAUCGUGAGUUAUGGAGAUGCAUAUUGCCCUAGCAACUUUCCUGGAGCAUUUACGAGAGUCUCUUCAUUUAAACGAUGGAUUGAGAGCGUAACGAGUAGUGAGAACUCAUUUCAAACCGCAGGAUAUUAAAUCCAAUAUUGCUGCACAAUAAUUAAGAAAUAUUUGUAUAUCAUAUCUCUUGUUUGAAAAUUUAUAUAUCAAUAAAAAUUCAGACUGCGAUUAUAUACAUUCUUCACAAAAUUACGCUUGAAAAGAUCUUUAAUGUCAUGUAAAAUACAUUGCAAUAAUAAAAUUUUUUCUUAACUUUAACAGUUUUAAAAAAUCCAUAAGAUACAUUACGCUUGUAACUACGUAACGUACUAUGUAACGUAAUAUCAUUUGUAGAAACUACAACCAGCCUUAUGUGAAAUUUUAAUUAUUAUCUAAUUUAUAUGAAGUCUAGUAAUUAAACUAUGUAUAUAUUAAUAUACAUAUUAAUAUAUGCACAUAACAUAAUUAUCUCUGGUAAUGAGAAUUAUAUGGACAAACGGAAACUAUAAUUUAAUCACUCAAUUUGUAGUAAUAAUAGCUUAUAAUAUUUGUGUCGAACAUAUCGAUUCCUCGAUGUUUCGGAUCUUCUUCAGCGCAUAGUUUAAAGACUCACUUUAAAUCUUGCCUGCCAUAUUUACAUUAAAUACAACAUAUAAAACCUAUAAUUAAUAAUUAUUAAAUUUGAUUAUUUUCAUAAGAAAACUCAGAUUUUCUACGGAAUUUUUAAUUCCGCUCGCGCAUGAUUAAUAUAAUUUUAAUCGAAGCAACAUACGAGAUUCAUUUCAUCACGCGGGAAUUUCAUUUUAUUAUACCAUGGUGGUAUCUACUCGGUCUGUACGCUCUGUUUAAUGCAUUCGUAAAUCAACGGCAAUUAGCGUUUUACCCCACAUGCUUGCAAUAAUAACGCGCAAGCCAAAGUGCUUAAAACACACAAUGAAUACGUGCUCGCGCAUGCAAUUUGUUCAUGUGAAAGCGCCGUUGUUGACUUGUUCCCGAUCGAGCUGCAAGCGAUUGUUCCGAGGGGAGCCAACAACUAUCCAGCAGGAUAGUUUCCUCUCUUUUCGUCUCUUUUCUCUACGAGACUAGAGGGGGUAACCGUGUUUCCUCCUUCCAUCCACGGUCAUUACCAGCUAUCGCGCGGAGCACAAUGUCGGGGCUCCUGGACCGUGCAUAAUGGCCACUCCGUUCCGCGCCAUUGUGACGUCGCCUUUAAAAGCUCGCAGAAUACUCGGCGAAAUGCUGAAUAAGCGAAGCCGUUCGGCAUCCCCUUACGCAUCUCGACUCUGUAAAACGGUAUCCUUCCUUUCGUCAGGAAAAGCCCAUCGUUAGUCAAGAAAGUCAUACUUCUUGGCGCAGUUUCCGCUUUUCCUCUCGCUUAUCCUUGAUCAUUUACAUGGUCAUAAUCGUAUUUUUUUCUUAAAUGUUACGUUAUUAAUAUUAAAUGUUACGUAUAUUAAACACAUAUAUGUAUAUACAAUUUACAAGAGAGAACAAACAUUAAAAUUAGCAAAAAUAAUUCCAUUUAAAAUAAUUGCAACGUUGUGAACGUAAUAAAACUGAAGGAAAAAUAAUCGAGAGCAAACUUUAAUAAUAAAUAUUAGCAUGAAUCAAUUGCGCUCAUAGUUACAGCUGAAACUUAGUUUAUCGAGGAUGAGUGAAGAGACUGCAGCGUUUAGAUACGUUUGAAUAGACACAGAGAUCGCAAGGAGUUGUAUUCUCGAGAAGUUUGUAUUCGUUCAGAUUAUACCGGUACCAACUUCCGCGCGCGCCCUAAGUACACGCGGUUUCUCGCAUAUUGUCUCAGACCAAUGAAUAACUCGAGUUAGCAGAACACGAAAUCGUCUCAAUUCGAUAAAAUAGAUAUGCCCCAUUUGAUCCCUGUUACGCUCCGUGUUCCACCUCUGAAGUUUGCGAUUCCUCGUUUUCCGUUUACACAAAGUUCAUUCACCAGUAGCAUUGGCGGCUUUAAUUUUGGUACGUUCAGAAUAAUAUCAUGAUGAAAAGUUUUAUUGGACAAAUAACUUUAAACAAUUGGAUGUAGACGCGUUUUAAAAUUAUUCCACAUCGAUAUUAUUAUAAUAUAUGAUAUAGAAAAGGGAAUAUCUUAUAUUGAAUGAUUAUAUAUAAAAUGUUCUAAUUUUUUCACACUCAGGUAAUCAAUUUCAUAUUACUAAUAUUAUUACAUUAAAGUGACGUAAUUCUUCUAUAGAAAUAUUUAAAUUUUGCAGAAUAUUUGCGAGUUUUUAAACUAUAUAGGAUUUAUAAAAAUAAAUGCAUCUCUAGAAAUGGGUAAAAUUUUUUAUAAAUCUCCAACUUUUUAUUAAAAUUGAUAAAAUUUUAUAAAUCUCCAACUUUUUAUUAAAAUUUGGAGAUUUAUAUAUAAUAUUUUAUCAAAACAGAUUGGUGCAAAUCUGUAUAAUACUACUCUCUUUUUUAAAAACUAAUAUAAUGUUUAUUAAAAACGCAAUACAUAGCUUAAUAUUUAAAAUAAUAUAUGUAGU